AUGAACUCUGAACUUGCGUCUGAACCUGAGGAGCAAAAUAAUAAGAUGGAGGAACCGAAUAAGUUCCAAAAAGGGAUGGGUAGAGUUCAAGAGCGAGGCUCUUCAGUGAUUUACCGGAAGGCUAUCUAUGGCAUCACAAUAAAAGCAACACCAAAAGAAAAGGGGGAAGCUGCCCCUACUACAAAACCACGGGUACUAGAGCGUCCCAACUCUGGAGGAAGACUAGGCAGGAGUGUCACUUUCUUUGCUUCUCAGAAAAAGAAGGAAUCAGCCCCCAAAAUGAACAGCUUCAAUGACAGGAGAGUGAUUGCAACUCCCUGUAAGAAACUGAAUGAGAAGCCACUUGGUGACCAAAGGACAGUCAUUUGUGAAAAAAACUCUUCACCCUUAGGAAUUCAGGAUGCAAAUAAUUCCUUCUCAGUAAUUCAAAAGCCUAAAGAAAAUGUGGACCACCCCUCUUCAGAAAGUAAAUGGACUGAUGUGGAUGAGAACUCCACUAUGGGAUUCUCUAAGAAAGAGCCAUUCUCAUGGAGUUUACCAGUAGUUUCAGAGCCUUCAUCCUUCAAGAGGGACUGUGACAUACACCAGUCUAAUUUGUACUAUAGUCCUUGGAAGGACUACACCAGCUGUUGGAUCAGCAAUACCAAGAUUUCUCGUUCUCUCUCCACAGACAACAGUAGUACCAGUACCACAUUCCAGACUGAUAGAGGCAGACAGAGCUUCCUAGGUUGUGAUUAUUCCUACCAUCCAGUGAGCUCCCAAGAUACUUACAAGAGUCUGCAAAUGACAGAAGGCAGAUCCCAGAAUCUUCAUUCAUUUCAUUUCUCCAGAAACUCAACAGCAGCCAUAAAGGGAACAACCUAUCAAGAGGAGGAGCUGCCAAGUCCUUGGGGAGCACAUGCAUUUAACUUCCAGCCAAGGAGUCCCUGGCAGUCAUACCUACUAGAGGGUUUCAUUGAUACCCACUGUCACUUGGACAUGCUCUAUUCCAAGCUGUCUUUCAAGGGGACCUUUACCACAUUCAGAAAAAUUUAUAGCAACUCCUUCCCUAAGGAAUUUCAGGGCUGCAUCUCUGACUUCUGUGAUCCUCGUACUCUAAGGGAUGGCCUGUGGGAGGAACUAUUGAAAGAAGACCUGGUUUGGGGAGCCUUUGGCUGUCACCCUCAUUUUGCACGUUACUACAAUGAGCAUCAAGAAAGAAGUCUCUUGCACGCCUUGCGACAUCCCAAGGCUGUAGCAUUUGGAGAAAUGGGCUUGGAUUAUUCCUACAAGUGCACCACGCCUGUCCCAGAGCAAUUCAAGAUAUUUGAGCGACAACUGCAGCUAGCUGUGUCUCUCAGGAUGCCCUUGGUGAUCCACUGCCGAGAAGCUGAUGAAGAUCUGCUGGGCAUCAUGAAAAAAUUUGUGCCCUCUGACUACAAGAUCCAUAGGCAUUGCUUCACUGGCAGUUACCCAAUCAUUGAGCCCAUGCUGAAGCACUUUCCCAACAUGUCUGUAGGCUUCACAGCAGUCCUGACCUACUCUUCUGCCUGGGAAGCCCGAGAAGCUUUGAAAAAGAUCCCACUGGAAAGAAUUCUUGUUGAAACUGAUGCUCCCUACUUUCUUCCUCGCCAGGUUCCCAAAAGUCUCUGCCAGUAUGCCCACCCAGGCCUGGCCCUUCACACAGUGCGAGAAAUUGCCAGAAUCAAAGAUGCACCUCUUUCCCACAUCUUGGCCACCUUGCGUGAGAAUACCAAUCGCCUCUACAAUCUUUAA